AUGGCGGAUGGUUAUUCGGCAGUUGAACUUUUCGAGUACAACAAAAUGUCACUGUCGUACGAUGACAUAAUUCUUCUUCCAGGGUUUAUACGUGAAUCGACCAGUAAAGUUGAUUUGACAUCGAAACUGACAAGGAAUAUUAAGUUAAGAAUGCCGAUUGUUUCAGCUCCAAUGGACACAAUCACGGAGUCUGAUAUGGCAACAGCAAUGGCUCUACUAGGGGGCAUUGGAAUUAUACACUGUAACAUGUCGAUAGACGAUUUGGUAAAGGAAGUUAAUUUGGUCAAAAGGUUCGAAAAUGGGUUUGUGCAAAAUCCAAUGUGCCUAAAGCCAACAUCGACAGUCUCAGACUGGAUCCACAUAAAGGACACAUACGGAUAUAAAUCGGUGCCUAUAACAUCUGAUGGGAAGAGGGGGUCAAAGCUGAUGGGACUGGUGACAGCGACGGACAUAUAUUUUGAAGAGUCGCUGAACACGGUCCUGCAAGACAUCAUGACCACGGACCUGGUGGUCGGAAAACACCCAAUGACGCUCCGAGAAGCAAACAAACUGUUGUUUAAAAGCAAAAAGGGAGUUCUGCCAAUAGUAAAUAAAGACCACGAAUUGGUGUCAAUCGUAACAAAGUCGGACUAUUAUAAAAAUAAACUGUAUCCUAACGCAUCAAAGGAUGAAAAUAAACAGCUACUGGUGGGAGCAGCGUUGUCAACAAGUAAAUAUAGGAAUGACGCAAUGGAAAGAGCUAAGAGGCUGAUAGAGGCCAAGGCAGACGUCAUAGUUAUUGAGUCGAGUCAGGGCAACAGCAUAUACCAAAUAGACCUGAUCAAACAGCUUAAAUCAGUGUUUCCAGAAGUACAAAUAGUAGCAGGAAACGUAGUGACAGUCAGCCAGGCGAAAAACCUGAUCGAUGCAGGAUGUGACGCAAUCAAGGUUGGAAUGGGAAUAGGGUCGAUAUGUACAACACAGACAGUAACGGGUGUCGGAAGAGGACAGGCUACAGCAGUGUAUUACGUCAGUAGAUACGCAUUUGAGCAGUGUAACGGAUUGCCAGUGAUAGCAGACGGAGGAGUGAAGUGCUCAGGAGACAUAUUGAAGGCACUAGCACUAGGAGCAAGCGCAAUAAUGGGUGGAAACAUAUUCUCGGGAACGAAAGAAACGCCAGGAGAAUAUUACAUCAACGACGGAGUUAGAAUGAAGAGUUACAGAGGGAUGGGAAGCAAGGACGCAAUAACAAAUAGCCUAAAGCACUUUGGACACUCAGGAUCAGCAAGCAGAUAUCACAUAGAAGGAACACUGCCAGUAGUCUCACAAGGAGUGUCAGGCUUAGUAAUGGACAAGGGCUCAGUGCAUAACGCAAUCCCAAUAGUGGCAGAAGGAGUGAGACACGGCCUGCACAACAUGGGAAUAUACUCAAUAGAAAAACUGCACGAAAGCCUCUACAGCGGAACCUCAAGAUUCGAAGUGAGGUCAGCACACUCGAUAAUGGACGGAGCAGUCUCGAAAACAUUAACAAACAUAAAGUGA